AGACUCCUCUCCUAAGACUGCAAAAAUGGAGUCUCUCACAACUACUUACCCUCUGAAAUACUCAGUGCCCAAAGUCAGGGUCUUUGUUGUCUUUCUGUCGAUGGUUUUGUGUACUGCUAUGCUCUGCCUGCUGCAACUCAGAUUUUUUAAACCUAAAAUCAAAGAUUUUUAUUCUUUUGAAGUCAAGGAUUCACGAGGAAGGACCAUAUCCUUGGAGAAGUACAGAGGGAAAGCGACUUUAGUUGUAAACGUGGCCAGCUACUGCCAACACACAGACAAAAAUUACAUUGGACUGCAAGAACUACACAGAGAGUUUGGUCCCUCCCACUUCACCGUGCUGGCUUUUCCUUGCAACCAGUUCGGAGAAUCAGAGCCCAGUUCAAGCCAGGAAAUAGAAUCUUUUGCCAAAGGAAACUACGGAGUAACAUUCCCUGUUUUCCACAAAAUCAAGAUCCUAGGAUCAGAAGCAGAGCCUGCCUUUAAAUUUCUAAUAGAUUCUUCAAAGAAAGAACCUCGAUGGAAUUUCUGGAAGUACCUUGUCAGCCCUGAGGGUAAAGUUGUGAAAUUCUGGAGACCUGAAGAGCCAAUAGAAAGUAUCAAGCCAGAAGUAGCAUCGUUAAUCAGGCAGAUUAUCAUGAAAAAAAGAGAAGACCUCUGAAAAACCUAUUCACACUGUGAAUCCAUUCAGCAGUAUGGGUACACCACCUUACUACAUUCCUGGGAAAUGCUGCUAGAAGCAAAAGCAUCAGGUGAUAUUACUUCUCUUUGGCAUUAGUAUUUUCAGCUACACUAUGUCUUUUAACGUUGGAUUGGCUCCUGCAACAGCCUUGAGAACCACUGAGGUUAUCGAGACUGCCAAGGUACUCAGUACCUUGCAGGGAUGGACCUUUGAUUUGCAUAAAGUUUCUGAAUGUUUCUUUAAAUUGCUUGCAAUAACUACUUACAUUUGUUCACUAGCAGGAAUAUAGCUAAAAAAAAAAGGGGGAUUUGUUGAUAAAUUACUCAGUAUUUGCACAAAGAGUUUUGUUUCCCAUCUACCAGUAACAAAUAGAAUCUGAUAUUCCAAUAACACAUAAUUGCCCUGCCUGAAUGACAUUGGGCCCAGAGGCAUCAUAGCAGGGCUUUUAGAGACAACUGCAACUGAAGAUACCAGCUUCUUCAGGAAGAUUACUGAAUUGGGAAACUAUCAACUUAGUUGUAAAAACUUGUACAUAAAAAAUGAAAUUAUUAAAAA